CGGGGCGGGGCGGGGCGGUCACGGGCCCGAGCGGGGGCGGGGCGGAGGCGAGGAGGAGGAGGAGGGGGAGCAGCAUGGCCGGCGGCGGCAGCUGGAGGCCGCCGCGGUCGUGCGAGGAUUACUGGUGGGAGUGGCGGCACUGCCGCGGGCUGCGCCACGCCUUCCACCACUACUACGCGCACGGGCAGCUGCCGGCCUGCGCCCGCUGGCGGGACGAUUACACCGCCUGCCGCGCCUGGGAGAGCGCCCGCGCCGCCGCCGCGCAGGAAGCGCUGUGCAAGAGCGAAAGAGCCCGCGUGGAGGAGAAGCAGAAAUAUGCCCCGGUGUGGACCUUCAGGAAGAGCCCGCCGCCAGACUGGUACCUGCCGCUCGAGCAGGACAGCCCCAAGUGAUGCGGCAGCUUCGCCAGGAUCUCAUCUCAGCAACACAGCAGGAAACUCUUAAGUUAGCAGCUCCUCUUCCCCAGCACAGCUGGUGUUGCACACUGUUGGAACAUCUGGGCCUGCCAGAUGGGAAAAUAAAACCAAGCUGGGACUCCUCCCUGCCAGUUCAGGACACAGCCACUGGCAUUUAAAAGGCUCUACCCAGAUUCAGUACUGUGGUUCUGAAGAGUUUCAGACACAGUGGGACAAUGUUGCAGACCCUGAAACAUGCCUGUUGUUGGGGAACUGCUCUCGAACAAUAAAGCUUCUGUUCUUUUUAAAUACGUCUAUGGCAGUAUUCAAAUUACUACAGGAAAUAAAGGUUCAAAUGAC